CAAGGAACGCAUCCUUAACGGAUUUAAAUGAACAUUAGAAAGAAAACGCCAUGUGACAAUUUGUAGCCUUGUUAAAGCAACAUUUGUCUGUCACGAUGUCGGCGGAAAGGUGUGUAGCAUAGUGCGACAUUGAGCGGGUGUGAGGCGUGCUUUGUGUAUGUGUGUGUGCUACUGGAUCAAUACCGCUGUGAUGGGCUGCCUCCAGUCGCGCAGUAGCCCUCAGAUCCAAAGAGAGGUUGCGUCGGCUCCAGACAUGGCGGACGGCUUCUGCGAUCCGGCUCCGCCAGCACCUACGGAUCCUAGGCUACCGUUAAGCGCCCUCCAAGUCUUCAAGUUAAAGAAAUCGUGGAAAGGUAUCAAACGAUGUAUGGAAGCCACAGGGGUAGAGAUGUUCAUAAGGUUAUUCAAGGCCAACGGUGACCUGAAGCAGUUGUUCAGCAAUUUCCGUGAUCUGACCAAUGACGAUGACCUUCGCGUUAAUGAGACGCUAGAAAAGCAUGCAACGCUGGUGAUGGGAAUCCUUGACGAGGCCAUCUCCAACGUGGACAGCGUCGACUACACGUUAGACGUUCUACAUCGAGCGGGAAGAACGCACACCAGAUUCCCGGGCUUUGAGCCAGACCUCUUCGUGUGGAUGGAACAACCGUUCUUGGAGGCCGUGAAACAGACUUUAGGGGACCGCUAUACGGACAACAUGGACGUUAUUUACAAAAUAACUAUCAAGUUUAUUUUAGACAAUAUGGUGAAAGGCAACAAGGAUGCGUUGUCUUGAUGUGUGAGGCAUGUGUGUGUACGCGAGUCACCACUCUGUUAUCACCAUACGUCCAAUGCGUGGAUGCAUGCCAGGAUACCUGAGAUUGUGUGUACUCUUCAUCCAUUUUACAUGAACCGAGGCCCUCAACCAAAGCCCUUUCGACCGUAACGGCCGGACCAUAUCUCAGUGAAGGGGCUCUUAUCUCUUGUGGCAUUCACACACAGUUCAUUGAAAUAGAAGUACGUGUGUAUUGUAUUGCAACGUUGCCGUAUCUUCAAGAAGGACCGAAUGAAAUCAAAUGCGCCACAUCUUCCCUUGACCAACAUGACGUCUCACCAAAUCGGAUUUGUUUGAAAACAAAGUUCUCAUCAAGGAUAUGUUGUGGCAAGACGACUGAUGAGUGACUGCGUUGUUUAUACUCUGCUGUUUUGUGUGUAAUUCAUGUUGUUAACGUGCGUCGUCAUGAACACCACACGUGUUGGCAACGUUCCCUCGGGAUGUGUAUCUCUAAAGCUGUACCUACUGGUUCGGUAACCCCGGAAGCGAUCCCUCUGCCAGAUCCAGGCACAGUUAAUACACCGGGAAUGUGAACUUAUCGCCAGCUACAAUCACACCUUCUGCACGCCUCUAGGAAAUAUUCUAUAUCAGUUGCCUGAUUGAAUCAAUAUCCAAGUGUAUUGGGAGAAACAGGAACCGGUACAAAAGUUCCUGCUUGGAAUCUCUGUGAAUUUGUAUGUUGUUGGUAUUACCGUACGGCAAAUCAGAACUGCUGACUGAAAGGGUAUACACUGUAUUUAUGAACUGUUUGUAUUGUUGUAAUUUAAUAUAUUUUGGUAAACAUUCUCAACAUUUAAUUAAUGUUUCUUGGUAGUUGGAACCAUUCUCAAAGAGGAAUGUUGGCCAUCAAGCAUUGUCAAAGAGGACGCUGUUGUAAAUAUCUAACUGAAAACAGUGAAGUUACUGCAAAAUAUUAAUAACCACUUUUGUCAUUGUUGAUUUAAACAACAAAGCUUUAAAAUCUGAGCAAACGAUGCCCAACUAAACCUGGAUUUCAAAUUCUCAUAAGCAAAAGAAAACGUCAUAUUAACUUUCGGUAACAAUUUCUCAGAUGUGUAACUUUCCAAUUGGUUUCCAACUCAUUAACACUCGACGUGGCACACUUGAAGAAUCGUUUCCCAAAACUUCCCCACGGCCGUAACACAAUGAAUAAAAGUCUAACAUACAAGUAUGGGAUGUCAGUGUAACACGUUUAUGUAUUUCCGGUUAUUUAGAAACCUUUCCUCCUUUAACGACGCUUGUCUACAAUAUCCAUGAAACUAUUUCAUCUCACUGAGAAAAACACAGUGUAUAUUAGAGAAGUCAGGUUAUGUAAGUGGUCCCACAUUCUUGAAUAUGUGCAAAUAUUUUCAGCAUGAUUUAUGGGUUUUUCGAAAUGCUUCAGAAUAACGAGACGGGAUUGCUCAGCACUGAUAGACAUAGAAGAUAAUGUAUGGAGCAGUUUACGAUAGUCAGAAAUAACAUAGAAGUAUUUCCAACAUGAUUUGCUUUCGUUUAUUUAGGAGAUAAUCCUAUUGUGUUUACAUUUUGGAAGUGAUUAUAGUUGGUUGAACGCUGCUAAAU